AUGGCCUCAGUGGCUGCAGGGUUCUGGGGCUCAGCCUCUUGCUGCUCGCACUCCAAACUCUCCAGAACCGGCAGUCUGAAACUGGGACGAGGCCGUUCGCCACCGCCCAUGUCGUCUGGACGGAGAUGUUCAGGAGUGUCUGGACUCGGGGGCGGAGCCGUGUCCCCGGGGCCCGUGGUGGCAGAGGUGGUGGAGCCUGGCGGAGGGACAGGAGCCGGUGAGGCUAACAGGGAGCUGUUUGAGGCCUGUCGGAGCGGAGACCUGGAGCGAGUUCGGAAGCUGGUGACGCCGGAGAACGUGAACAGUCGGGACACAGCAGGGAGGAAGUCCACUCCACUGCACUUUGCUGCAGGUUUUGGCCGUAAAGACGUGGUGGACUUCCUCCUCCAGAACGGAGCCAACGUCCACGCCAGGGACGACGGGGGGCUGAUAUCCCUCCACAACGCCUGCUCCUUCGGCCACGCUGAGGUGGUGAGUUUGUUGCUUCACCACGGCGCGGACGCAAACGCCAGAGACAACUGGAACUACACGCCGCUGCAUGAGGCGGCAAUCAAGGGCAAGACUGACGUGUGUAUAGUGUUGCUGCAGCACGGUGCCGAGCCGAGCAUCAGAAACACAGACGGUCGAACUGCUCUGGAUCUGGCAGAACUGUCCACCAAAGCGGUCCUGACAGGUGAAUACAGAAAAGAUGAGCUUCUGGAAAGUGCGAGGAGCGGGAACGAGGCGAAGCUGAUGGCUCUGCUGACGCCGCUCAACGUUAACUGUCACGCCAGCGAUGGACGAAAGUCGACCCCCUUGCACCUGGCAGCGGGCUACAACCGGGUCAAGACUGUCCAGCUGUUACUGCAGCACGGGGCUGAUGUGCACGCCAAGGACAAGGGGGACCUGGUUCCUCUUCAUAACGCCUGUUCAUAUGGUCACUACGAGGUCACUGAGCUGCUGGUGAAGCAUGGAGCCUGUGUUAACGCCAUGGACCUGUGGCAGUUCACUCCUCUUCAUGAAGCUGCUUCUAAGAACCGUGUGGAGGUGUGUUCCCUCCUGCUGAGUUACGGAGCCGACCCCACCUUCCUGAACUGUCACAGUAAAAGCUCCGUCGACCUCGCUCCCACCUCGCAGCUGAAGGAACGACUGGCCUAUGAGUUCAGAGGUCACAGCCUGCUGCAGGCGGCCAGGGAGGCCGACGUGGUCCGAGUCAAGAAACAUCUGAGCCUGGAGACCAUCAGCUUCAAACACCCGCACACUCAGGAGGCCGCUCUGCACUGUGCGGCUGCCUCUCCAUACACAAAGAGGAAACAAGUGUGUGAACUUCUACUGAGGAAAGGAGCCAGCGUCAACGAGAAGACGAAGGACCUGCUGACUCCUCUCCACCUGGCGUCAGAGAAAGCCCACAACGACGUCAUAGAGGUGCUGGUCAAACACGAAGCCAAGGUGAACGCGGUGGACCACCUCGGGCAGACGCCGCUGCAUCGAGCCGCUCACUGCGGACACCUGCAGACCUGCAGGCUGCUGCUGAACGCCGGCGGCGACCCGCUGCUCACGUCGCUGCAGGGAGUCUCUCCGUCACAGCUGGGCAACAAGAGCGUGCAGGAGAUACUGCGAGCAGAAGGAGUCCUCGGCGGGAACUCUGAAGUCGACCGGCAGCUGCUGGAAGCCUCCAAAACAGGAGAUCUGGAGACUGUGAAGAAGCUGUGUACAGUGCAGAAUGUGAACUGCAGGGACGUGGAGGGCCGACAGUCAACACCGCUGCAUUUCGCCGCCGGCUACAACCGUCUGGCCGUCGUACAGUUCCUGCUGCAGCACGGAGCCGACGUCCAUGCCAAGGACAAAGGAGGUCUGGUCCCCCUCCAUAACGCCUGCUCGUACGGACACUAUGAGGUAGCAGAGCUGUUGGUCCUUCAUGGAGCUGUGGUCAACAUGGCCGACCUCUGGAAGUUCACACCUCUGCACGAAGCUGCUGCCAAAGGCAAAUACGACAUCUGUAAGCUGCUGCUGCAGCACGGUGCUGACCCGACCCGGAAGAAUCGGGACGGUAACACCCCUCUGGAUCUGGUGAAGGACGCAGACACGGACAUCCAGGACCUGCUGCGGGGCGACGCCGCCCUGCUGGACGCCGCCAAGAAAGGCUGCCUGGCCCGAGUGAAAAAACUGUGCACGCACGACAACGUGAACUGUAGAGACACACAGGGGAGGCACUCCACACCGCUACACCUGGCUGCUGGCUACAAUAACCUGGAGGUGGCAGAGUACCUGCUGCAGCACGGAGCUGAGGUCAACUCUCAGGAUAAAGGAGGACUGAUUCCUCUGCACAACGCUGCCUCGUAUGGGCACGUGGACGUGGCGGCUCUCCUCAUCAAGUACGACGCCUGCGUCAACGCCACCGAUAAGUGGGCGUUCACUCCGCUGCACGAAGCCGCUCAGAAGGGCCGGACGCAGCUCUGUGCUCUGCUGCUGGCUCACGGUGCCGACCCCGCCCUCCGAAACCAGGAGGGACAGUCGCCUCUGGACCUGGUCACGGCUGAUGAUGUUCGGGCCUUGCUGACAGCAGCGAUGCCUCCCUCCACUCUCCCUGGUUGUUAUAAACCUCAGGUCAUCAGCGUGGCAUCGCCGGCCUCCGGUUCUCCACCCAUUGCUGUGGUGCCACUGCUUCUCUCCUCCUCUUCCUCAUCCUCCCGUCCUGCCCCUCCUCUCCUCCUCCUCCCCUCUUCCUCCUCCUCUCCUGGUCUUGAGGCUGCGACAGCAGCUUUAAUCGGCAGCAGUGUCACCUCUGCUUCCUCAUCUUCACCUCCGCCGCCAUCUUCAUCACCCACCACGUUUCCUGAGAUAUCGGCGCUGCUCUCAGCGAGCGAGGGAUCACCAGGCUCCGGGAAGAAAGAAGAGGUUCCAGAAGCUGAGCUCAGUAUCUGUCAGUUCUUGAAGAACCUGGGCCUGGAGCAUCUUCUGGAGACCUUUGACAGAGAGCAGAUCACUCUGGACGUGCUGGUGGAGAUGGGUCACCGUGAGCUGAAGGACAUCGGCAUCAACGCCUACGGACACAGACACAAGAUCAUCAAAGGAGUGGAGAGGCUCAUCAGCGGGCCGCAGAGUCUGAACCCUUAUCUCACACUGAACACAGCAAACAGUGGGACGAUCCUGAUCGACCUCACAGCCGAUGACAAGGAGUUUCAGUCUGUGGAGGAGGAGAUGCAGAGUACGAUCAGAGAGCACAGAGACGGCGGCCACGCAGGAGGAGUCUUCAGCAGAUACAACCUGGUCAAGAUCCAGAAGGUCUGCAACAAGAAGCUGUGGGAGAGGUACACCCACCGCAGGAAGGAGGUGUCCGAGGAGAACCACAACCACUCCAACGAGCGCAUGCUCUUCCACGGCUCUCCGUUCGUCAACGCCAUCAUCCAUAAAGGUUUUGACGAGCGUCACGCCUACAUCGGCGGGAUGUUCGGCGCUGGGAUUUAUUUUGCAGAGAACUCGUCAAAGAGUAACCAGUACGUGCACGGGAUCGGAGGAGGGACGGGCUGCCCGCUGCACAAAGACCGGUCCUGCUACGUCUGCCACAGGCACCUGUUGUUCUGCAGGGUGACUCUGGGUAAAUCCUUCCUGCAGUUCAGUGCCAUGAAGAUGGCUCACUCCCCCCCGGGUCACCACUCAGUGACCGGCAGGCCGAGCGUGAACGGCCUGGCUCUGGCCGAGUACGUGAUCUACAGAGGAGAGCAGGCCUAUCCAGAGUACCUGAUCACCUACCAGAUCAUGAAGCCUGGGUCGUCUGCAGACAGAUGAGACCUCAGAGGACACGAACAUGAAGAGCGCUC